UGUACAAAAUUCACCCACACCACAUUACCGUUGUCUGAACGUUUCAAAAGCGAGCAUAGAGAAGUACAUAAGAUGUCUAUAGGGAUCCCUAUCAAGCUGCUGCACGAAGCAGAGGGUCACACAGUAACUCUAGAGACGCUAACUGGUGAAGUGUACAGGGGAAAGCUAUUGGAGGCAGAGGACAACAUGAACUGUCAGAUGCAGAACAUCACUGUCACCUCUCGUGAUGGCAGAUCCACACAAGUGGAACAGAUCUUCAUAAGAGGAAGUAUGAUUCGAUUUUUCAUUCUACCGGACAUGCUUAAGAAUGCGCCGAUGUUUAAGAACAUGAACAAAGGAGGCAAUGCUGCCAAGGCCACUGCCAGACAAGCUGCUGUCCGAGCAACGAGAGGUGGGCGUGGUGGAUUCCGAGGAGGCUUCCGUGGUGGCAGGGGAGGAUUUCACGGUGGUGGCUCGGGGGGGAUGGGCGGACCCAGGAGACACUAAACACUCACUAGGGUACAAUGCGUAUAUACAUCACUCUUCUGUUAUUAAAGUUUUUUCCAUGUAUUGUUAUUUACAAUUUAUGACUUGCAAAAAUUAAUUUCAUUGUCACAUGACUGUAUUUGUCACAUGACUGUAUAUAUUCUGAUCGUAAAAGUUUUUCUUUGCUUCAA